GUAUGGCUGUACUUGCACGUACAAGAGGACAACAAAGCUACUUCUAGUGAAAGGAGACUGAGGGAAUAUGAAGAAUGGGCUGUAAAGCACUCAUGAUUUACGCCACAGCGAAAAAUCUGUAUAAAGAAGUGUGUCUGGCGGAGAUUGCAGAACGACACAGAAGGAAGACUGGUGCGGAUCCGGUGAUUGCAGUGGACGGACCUAAGUGUGUGCAGUACCUGUACAAGAACUGUGAUUUCUCCUGUGGUGGGCAGUACAAGAAGUUCCGGGAGGCGUGUAGAAACUUUGUGCAGGGAUUCAGAACCUGCGGAGUGCGACUCGUGUUCUUCUUCCAUGGACUCAGACCAGCUGCAAAGAAUGAGAAGUGGGUGCAAGUAUCUAAGGAUGUGGUGGAGAAAAUUAACCAGAUGUGGGAAAAAUUGCAUGUUGGAGAUGAUAAGCCAAUGGAGCACAUCCGGCUGCCAGAAGGGCUCAUACCGUGUGCCCGAGUGUUCUUUAGGGAUGAACCAUCGACGGAAGUCCGUCUCUGUAUGGAAGAUUACAACAGGGAGACCGCCGAGUACGCAGCGAGCUGCGAAAAUUGCCUCGGAGUGAUGUCAAAUAAUGGGAAUUUUCUGAUAUGGAAGGACGUACCGUGCACGUUCAUAUUCCAUGGAAAGAUAAGGUUAAGCGAUGGGCUGAGGAUGUUAUGCAUUUCCUCAUCAGACGUCACCUCAGAUCUGGGCAUUAAGCCACAAGACCUGCCGGCACUAGCGACUUUCUUAGGAAACGGUGCCAUCGACCAAGAUACAUUGCAGCGUCUGCACAAACGGCUAUGUUCUGGUUACGUCGACAGAGGAAAGCUCGGCUAUGUUGUAGCACAGCUGGUGAAGAAUAAAACAAUCGAGGAAAUAUGUCGGGUAGCAUUUGGCAAAAGUUGGCGCGACUUCCACGACAGUGUGAAGAUGGGAAUUGGUCAGUACGAGUACAAGACGAUAGCACCUUAUAGGCCUGCUGAUAAGGGAUGCAGAUGGUCGGGGGUGCUGCAGAACAUCGAAGCAAGACACAGAUCGGGUGAGAUACCUGCCAUUGUACUGUCAGUGGCUCUGCGUCAGACUUUCAGAAUAAGUGCAGUUCUAGAAGAUUUGUCACACGCCGGUGGCACAUCAACGGGAGAAGCGCUCCAGCCUAUGAGGCGCAGGAUGUACACUGUGCUGCUAUGGGAAAGUGGAGACGGCCCAUUUCAUGUGGAGGAGCAGGUGACGAACAGUACAGAGGCAUACCAGCUGCAGGUGGAGGUCGAAAAGCGGCUACCACCCAACUUGGUACACCCAGGCCUGCUUCAGCUGUGGUCUGGAGAUCUGGAAACGCGCUGGCGUCUCUUCAGCUGGGUAGUGGGGGGCCCAGAUCCAGAGGGGUCCGCCCUGAGGUCACUGGAGCCCCAGUGCCUAGUAGUCCCAGCCAUCGCACUACACUUCCUCCGGCAUGAGCCCCGUCUUCUGAGCCGCCACGAGGCUGAGAUCUUUGCCGUGGUCGCCAUCACUGUGUGCAGGUUCACACCCCAGCAGCUGGACAAGAAAAACAUCCCAGCACCAGACCCACACGCCAUCUUCCUAGCUACGCUCUUCGUCCGCACCACCCUGCACGUGUUAGACGUGGCCGCUGUCUGUGGAUUAUCCUUCCCGCGGGAGGCUGACUGCCACUUGGACGCCUACUUUGAUGGGAAGUUCUUCCAGGAGCUCUACCUCAGGGCUAAAGCCCAAUCGUUCCAAAGAGUUGGGACCCACGCUCCCUGGGACCCAUCAUACCUCAAGCCAAUCCACAAGCUGCUGGAUGUAAUAGAACGAAACCACUAA